ACUUCGCUCACAGCAAUCAGCAGAAGCAUGUGAAUGAAUGUAAUGAGUCACACCAUUACAUAUUUGCAUUAAUACAUUUCCAACAACCAGAUCCAGUCGUUAACGCUUCCCCUCGGUGCGUAAAAUGCGCUGUCUGCCAUUUUAAACUUUGCAUUAGUCUUUUCUUUUUUUUUUUUUGUCCGACCCGGGAUCAGAGCAAGUCAGCCACCGCCAUCGGCGACAAGUCCUGCUCUCUCGCUGCGUCCCCUCGCGCCGGCUCCAGCGGUGUUGCCUAGUUUUCUGGUUGCGUGGAAACUAAAAAGGCUGCGCGGAGCGAGCCGCGAACCGCCGGAGCAUUGCCGGUGGCGCGUCGCGGUUGUCAGCGCGGCGCUCGGCGCAAGUUUAACGAGCCGCAAGAGGACCCGAUGGAGGCGAACCAAAAUGCCCGGCGAAUCGCAGUUGGUGGAGCAUUUUAUUCGGGGCACUCGCUGAGGAGGACACCAUGAAAAGGGGAGGACAAGCGGCAAAGACGUGAAUUCAACAGCUACUGGGGAGGUUGAUGUGGACUUCAUCAACCCAUGCACCCAGGUGGUCUUUCCUGGAGCAUGCUCAUGUCUCACAAUGUCCUUACUUGCAGACUGGCUACUGCGCCACUCAGUGGUCAUGUGUUUGCUGCUGCACAGCCUGGUGUUAAUGACCUUCUGCUUCCACCACGCUGCCACCAGUUGCUCCAAGAGCUGCUACUGCUCUGAGAGUGAGAGCGGUGGCAAGACGGUGCGCUGCAGCAAUCUGCAGCUCACAGAGAUCCCCCAGGACAUCCCCAAUGACACACGACGCAUCUACCUGGACUUCAACCUCUUCACUACAGUCCCAGCGAAUGCUUUUGAAGGUUUGCCCCAUCUGGUUGAACUGGAUCUAUCACACAAUGAAUUAAGCCAGCUAGAACCAGGGGCGUUCCGAGGCCUGGGGUCCUCACUGCAGUUCCUGGACCUUUCUUCGAACAAGUUAGUAAACUUUAACCCUGAGGCCUUCGAGGGCCUGCGGGCUCGUGCCAAUCUAACAAACAAUCCAUGGCACUGUGAUUGCAACUUACAGAUGGCCAUGCCUCGUGUGGACCUGGAGCCUGCGUCACUGACGGGCAUUGUGUGCAAGACUUCAGAUCCUGAGGAAAUAGGUGUUCAGGGACUUGCCUUCCUGUUGGCACCAGACAUAGACCUAUGUGUGGUGAUGAAGAGGACUACAGAUGUUGCCAUGUUGGUCGUCAUGUUUGGCUGGUUCACCAUGGUCAUCUCCUACUUGGUCUACUAUGUCAGGGCUAACCAGGAGGACGCCCGCAGACAUCUGGAGUAUCUCAAGUCAUUGCCCAGCAAACAGGGGAAGUCAGAGGAGUCUUCCACCAUUAGUACUGUGGUAUAGGGCUUUUGGAGCGACACGUGGGACCUGAAGCUGUAACCCACACCAAACAGGAUGGAGCUACAAUCUGCAACUACACAUUCAUCAUCAGUCUCAGACAGUUUUGCCAAGUCGUGUCACAGAUUCAAAGUGGGCAACGAGACAUACACCUGCACAAGAAAAUCAGGCCGAUGCAACCUAGCCCAGAUGAAUAAUUCAUCUUUCAGCGACCCAUUAGGAAUUUCUGUUGGCUGAGUUGAUGGACUAGUCUGCGCAUUAAGGGAGUAAAAGCAGCUGCGUGUUUUUGGUGAACACUGUGUAUGGGAUACAAAUGGAAUUUAUCCAGCGGUGCAUGCACCUUGACGCACCUCUUUCCCACACAGACAAUUCAGAAGGCAGUAUCACACAGAAAUACAAAUAGUGGGUAAAGCCAACACUAGAAUGGGGAACUUUGUGAACAAUUUUCCAUUAAUAUCCUUAAAGUGUUCACCAA